AUGGCGAGUAACGGUACGGGUGGACUUCCUCCUAUAGAUUUUGAAAAGGUGAGAAAUGAUUCUGACGGAUCUGUCACUGGAAUGGCUAAGGGUUUAUUUAACCAGUUUAUUGAAGGAAACCCAUACUUUGCCGCUGGUGGUGGACUAAUGGUUUUAGGUACAUCUCUUGCAUUACUGAGAAGGGGAGUGAUAUCAACAAGCAGAUUGGCUUAUCAUCAAUUGAUCGUGGACCUUGAAAUUCCAAGUAAAGAUAAAUCGUACUUAUGGUUCUUGCAAUGGAUGUCAAGAUAUCCCCAUAGGUCAUCAAGACACUUGUCAGUGGAGACCAAUUAUUUACAGCAUAAUAACGGUUCUGUGAGUACCGAAGUGAAUUUUGUUCCAGGUGUCGGAAAUCACUUGAUAAGAUAUAAAGGCGCAUUCAUGCUGAUUAAACGAGAAAGAUCGGGGCAAAUAGCAAACAUUACAAAUGGUACACCAUUUGAAACUGUAAAGCUAACCACAUUAUAUCGUGAUAGACAUUUGUUCCAAGAAUUGUUGAUGGAGGCUAAAGACUUGGCGGUGAAAGCUCAAACAGGUAAAACAGUGAUCUACACCUCUUGGGCUAACGAAUGGAGACCGUUUGGUCAACCAAAGGCUAAAAGAAACUUAAAGAGUGUUAUCUUGGAUAACGGAUUGAAGGAGAGCAUCUUAAAUGAUGUAAAUGAUUUCUUACAAAAUGGUAAAUGGUACUACGAUCGUGGUAUCCCGUAUAGAAGAGGAUAUCUUUUAUACGGCCCACCGGGAAGUGGUAAGACAUCAUUCAUUCAAGCAUUGGCUGGUGAGUUGGACUACAAUAUCUGCAUUAUGAACCUUGCGGACCCCAAUCUUACUGAUGAUAGAUUAAACUAUCUUAUGAACAACCUUCCAGAAAGAAGUUUAAUGUUGUUAGAAGAUAUCGACGCAGCAUUUGUUAAAAGAAGCAAGAACGAUGAAGGUUUCGUUAACGGAGUCACUUUUAGCGGCCUUCUGAACGCAUUAGACGGUGUCGCAUCCAGUGAAGAGAUAAUUACAUUCAUGACGACCAACCACCCUGAAAAACUAGAUCCUGCCGUGAUGAGACCAGGUAGAAUCGAUUAUAAAACAUACGUUGGAAAUGCUACCGAAUACCAAAUCAAACAAAUGUUCUUAAGAUUUUAUCCAGAAGAGAAAGAACUAUGCGAGCAGUUUGUUCAAAAAGCUGUUGAACUGGACACACCAAUCUCUACGGCACAACUACAAGGUUUGUUUGUCUUCAACAAACAAAACCCAAAGAAUGCAGUACUGAUGGUAGAAUCCUUACGCUAUCCAAACCAUGUCUUUUGA